ACCGCCUCUGGGCUGCGUUCGCUCUCUGCGGCGGGUGCCCGUGUCGGGUGGGUGGCCGGCCGCGGGCCUCGCCCCCCAGCCCUCUCUCCAAGGCUAGCCCGGCCGCGCGGCGCCCCGAGGGGGCCGGGCCGUCCGGUGGGGCCGCGGCCCUGCUCCGCGCUGCGAGCUCGCCCUCUCGCGGCUCCCGGCCCGGCCGCCGCCGCCCCCUCCCAGUGCAGGGCGCCCCGGGGGCACCAUGCAGGCGCAGCAGCUGCCGUACGAGUUUUUCAGCGAGGAGAACGCGCCCAAGUGGCGGGGGCUGCUGGUGCCUGCGCUGAAAAAGGUCCAGGGGCAAGUGCAUCCUACUCUUGAGUCUAGUGAUGAUGCUCUUCAGUAUGUAGAAGAAUUAAUUUUGCAGUUAUUAAAUAUGCUAUGCCAAGCUCAGCCCCGAAGUGUUUCAGAUGUAGAGGAACGUGUUCAAAAAAGUUUCCCUCAUCCAAUUGAUAAAUGGGCAAUAGCUGAUGCCCAAUCGGCUAUUGAAAAGAGGAAACGAAGAAACCCUUUAUCUCUCCCAGUAGAAAAAAUUCAUCCUUUAUUAAAGGAGGUCCUAGGUUAUAAAAUUGACCACCAGGUUUCUGUUUAUAUAGUAGCAGUAUUAGAAUAUAUUUCUGCAGACAUUUUAAAGCUGGUGGGGAAUUAUGUACGAAAUAUACGGCAUUAUGAAAUUACAAAACAAGAUAUUAAAGUAGCAAUGUGUGCUGAUAAGGUAUUGAUGGAUAUGUUUCAUCAAGAUGUAGAAGAUAUAAAUGUAUUAUCUUUAACUGAUGAAGAGCCUUCCACCUCAGGAGAGCAAACUUAUUAUGAUUUGGUAAAAGCAUUUAUGGCAGAAAUUCGACAAUACAUAAGGGAACUAAAUUUAAUUAUAAAAGUUUUUAGAGAGCCCUUUGUCUCCAACUCAAAAUUGUUUUCAGCUAAUGAUGUAGAAAAUAUAUUUAGUCGGAUAGUAGAUAUACAUGAACUUAGUGUAAAGUUACUGGGCCAUAUAGAAGAUACUGUAGAAAUGACUGAUGAAGGCAGUCCCCAUCCAUUAGUAGGAAGCUGCUUUGAAGACUUAGCAGAGGAACUGGCAUUUGAUCCAUAUGAAUCAUAUGCUCGAGAUAUUUUACGACCUGGUUUUCAUGAUCGUUUCCUUAGUCAGUUAUCAAAGCCUGGAGCAGCACUUUAUUUGCAGUCAAUAGGCGAAGGUUUCAAAGAAGCUGUUCAAUAUGUUUUACCCAGGCUGCUUCUAGCCCCAGUUUACCACUGUCUACAUUACUUUGAACUUUUGAAGCAGUUAGAAGAAAAGAGUGAAGAUCAAGAAGACAAGGAAUGUUUGAAACAAGCAAUAACAGCUUUGCUUAAUGUUCAGAGUGGUAUGGAAAAAAUAUGUUCUAAAAGUCUUGCAAAACGAAGACUGAGUGAAUCUGCAUGUCGGUUUUAUAGUCAGCAAAUGAAGGGGAAACAACUAGCAAUCAAGAAAAUGAAUGAGAUUCAGAAGAAUAUUGAUGGUUGGGAGGGAAAAGACAUUGGACAGUGUUGCAAUGAGUUUAUAAUGGAAGGAACUCUUACACGUGUAGGAGCCAAACAUGAGAGACACAUAUUUCUCUUUGAUGGCUUAAUGAUUUGCUGUAAAUCAAAUCAUGGGCAACCAAGACUUCCUGGUGCUAGCAAUGCAGAAUAUCGUCUUAAAGAAAAAUUUUUUAUGAGAAAGGUACAAAUUAAUGACAAAGAUGACACCAGUGAAUACAAGCAUGCUUUUGAAAUAAUUUUAAAAGAUGAAAAUAGUGUUAUAUUUUCUGCCAAGUCAGCUGAAGAGAAAAACAAUUGGAUGGCAGCACUGAUAUCUUUACAGUACCGGAGUACACUAGAAAGGAUGCUUGAUGUGACAAUGCUACAGGAAGAGAAGGAGGAGCAGAUGAGGCUCCCUAGUGCUGACGUUUAUAGAUUUGCAGAGCCUGACUCUGAAGAGAAUAUAAUAUUUGAAGAAAACAUGCAGCCCAAGGCUGGAAUUCCAAUUAUCAAAGCAGGAACUGUUAUUAAACUUAUAGAGAGGCUCACGUACCAUAUGUAUGCAGAUCCCAAUUUUGUUCGGACAUUUCUUACAACAUACAGAUCCUUUUGUAAACCUCAAGAACUACUGAGUCUUAUAAUAGAAAGGUUUGAAAUUCCAGAGCCUGAGCCAACAGAAGCAGAUCGCAUAGCUAUAGAGAAUGGAGAUCAACCCUUGAGUGCUGAACUAAAAAGAUUUAGAAAAGAAUAUAUACAGCCUGUACAACUGCGAGUAUUAAAUGUAUGUCGGCACUGGGUAGAGCACCACUUCUACGAUUUUGAAAGAGAUACAGCUCUUCUGCAGCGAAUGGAGGAAUUUAUUGGAACAGUAAGAGGUAAAGCAAUGAAAAAAUGGGUUGAAUCCAUCACUAAAAUAAUCCAAAGGAAAAAAAUUGCAAGAGACAAUGGACCAGGUCAUAAUAUUACAUUUCAGAGUUCACCUCCCACAGUUGAGUGGCACAUAAGCAGACCUGGACACAUAGAGACUUUUGACCUGCUCACCUUACACCCAAUAGAAAUUGCUCGACAACUCACUUUACUUGAAUCAGAUCUAUAUCGAGCUGUACAGCCAUCAGAAUUAGUUGGAAGUGUGUGGACAAAGGAAGACAAAGAAAUUAAUUCUCCUAAUCUUCUGAAAAUGAUCCGGCACACCACUAAUCUCACGCUGUGGUUUGAGAAAUGUAUUGUAGAAACUGAAAACUUAGAAGAAAGAGUAGCUGUGGUGAGUCGAAUAAUUGAGAUUCUGCAAGUCUUUCAAGAGCUGAACAACUUCAAUGGUGUCCUUGAGGUUGUCAGUGCUAUGAACUCCUCACCUGUUUACAGGCUAGACCACACGUUUGAGCAAAUACCAAGUCGCCAAAAGAAAAUUUUAGAAGAAGCUCAUGAAUUAAGUGAAGAUCACUAUAAGAAGUAUUUGGCAAAACUCAGGUCUAUUAAUCCACCAUGUGUGCCUUUCUUUGGAAUUUAUCUAACUAAUAUCUUGAAAACAGAAGAAGGCAACCCUGAGGUCCUAAAAAGGCAUGGAAAAGAGCUCAUAAACUUUAGUAAAAGGAGGAAAGUAGCAGAAAUAACAGGAGAGAUCCAGCAGUACCAAAAUCAGCCUUAUUGUUUACGAGUAGAAUCAGAUAUCAAAAGGUUCUUUGAAAACUUGAAUCCAAUGGGAAAUAGCAUGGAAAAAGAAUUCACAGAUUAUCUUUUCAACAAAUCCCUAGAAAUAGAACCACGAAACCCUAAGCCUCUCCCAAGAUUUCCAAAAAAAUAUAGCUAUCCUCUAAAAUCUCCUGGAGUUCGUCCAUCAAACCCAAGACCAGGUACCAUGAGACAUCCCACACCUCUGCAGCAGGAGCCAAGGAAAAUUAGCUAUAGUAGGAUCCCUGAAAGUGAAACAGAAAGUACAGCAUCUGCACCAAAUUCUCCAAGAACACCGUUAACACCUCCUCCUGCUUCUGGUGCUUCUAGUACCACAGAUGUUUGCAGCGUAUUUGAUUCUGAUCAUUCGAGCCCUUUUCACUCAAGCAGCGAUACCGUCUUUAUUCAAGUUACACUGUCCCAUGGCCCAAGAUCUGCUUCAGUAUCAUCUAUAAGUUUAACCAAGGGCACUGACGAAGGGCCCGUCCCCCCUCCUGUCCCUCCACGGAGACGACCAGAGUCUGCCCCAGCGGAGUCGUCACCAUCUAAGAUUAUGUCUAAGCAUUUGGACAGCCCCCCAGCAAUUCCUCCUAGGCAACCCACAUCAAAAGCUUAUUCACCACGAUACUCAAUAUCAGACCGGACCUCUAUAUCAGACGCUCCUGAAAGCCCUCCCUUGUUACCACCACGAGAACCUGUGAGGACACCUGAUGUUUUCUCAAGCUCACCACUACAUCUCCAACCACCCCCUUUGGGCAAAAAGAGUGAUCAUGGCAAUGCCUUCUUCCCAAACAGCCCUUCCCCCUUUACCCCACCUCCUCCUCAGACACCUUCUCCUCAUGGCACCAGAAGGCAUCUGCCGUCACCGCCAUUGACACAAGAAGUGGACCUUCAUUCCAUUGCUGGGCCACCUGUUCCUCCACGACAAAGCACUUCUCAGCAUAUCCCUAAACUCCCUCCCAAAACUUACAAAAGGGAGCACACACACCCAUCCAUGCACAGAGAUGGACCACCACUGUUGGAGAAUGCCCAUUCUUCCUGAGUCCUCUGUAGCAGGGUGUGUGUUUUCCUGUCCCCAAAUCCAUUGCUGGCAAUGGAUGCACUGAAUGUGCCAGCACUGAGGAG